AUGUCUCGAUUUUUCCGUGGCGACAGUUCUAGCGAGAGCAGCUCCGACGAGGAGGAGGAUCUCUACUCCGAUGACGAAGAGGUUCAAAAGCAGCCUGAAGCAGAAUCAGCGGAAGAAGAUUCAGAGGGGGACGAUGACGACGACGACUCUGAUUCCAGCAGUGAUGAUGGAGCUGGCAAAAAAACCGGCGCAAAUGCUUUCUUGAAAGACGAUUCCGAUUCUGAGAGUGAGAGCAGCGGAGAUGAGGGAAUAAAGGUCGUGAAGUCUGCGAAGAAUAAGCGUUUCGAAGAACUUGAAGCAACCGCAAAAGCCAUCGAGAAUGGAGAGAAGAUCAACGAUUGGGGAUCCAUCUCGGCAGAAUUCGACAAGCUCAACCGACAAGUCGUCAAACUCGUACAAUCUGGCACAACCCCAAAGGUCUACAUUAGAGCUAUCGCAGAACUGGAGGAUUUCAUGAACGAGACCUUAGCAAAGCAAAAGGUGUCGCUCAAAAAAAUGAACGCAACCAAUUCUCGAGGUUUGAAUGCUGUCAAACAGAAGGUAAAGAAGAACAAUAAGGAUUACCAAACGGAUAUCGACUCCUUCAGGGCAGACAAGGAUGCCUACAUGGAGUCUGACGAUGAAGAAGUUGUGGCACCCAAACCGAAGAAGGCGAAGUUCUCGGCUGCAGACCUAAACGUUGCAUUCGAUGAUGAUGAUGAAGGGUUUGCGACUGUUGGUAAGGGCGGGCGAACGCUCCAAUUCACACCAGAGAGUAUCCUCAAGCACCUGAGGACCAUCGUGGAGUCAAGAGGAAAGAAGAACACCGACCGCACCGAACAAAUUAAGAUCAUGGAGAAAUUAUAUGAAGUUGCAACUACCCCUUAUCAACGCAUUCGAGUUCUUUUGACCCUUAUUUACACGAGAUUCGAUAUGACCACUGGUACUCAAACUUUCAUGUCUCAAGAGCAAUGGAAGGCAGCAGAGAAAGAGUUUGGUACUCUAUUGAGUGUGCUCGAGACAAAUCGGGAAUUGGUGGUUGUAGAGAAUGCGGAAGAAUGGGAGGAUGACGAUAAGCCACCUACUGCUGCUGAAGGUGAAAAGCUCAAGAUUCGAGGAACGAUCGUUUCCUAUGUUGAGAGACUCGAUGACGAGCUUACAAGAUCACUCCAGCACAUUGAUCCUCACACCGCUGAAUACAUCGAACGCCUUUGUGACGAGAGUGCCCUCUACAAUAACAUUGUCAGAACCAUGUUGUACAACGAGGAAAUUGGCAAAGAAGCGAGCUUGGGCGCACCCCAAGACCACCUGAACAGAAUAGUCAUGAGAAGACUGGAACACGUAUACUUCAAGCCAUCCGCGGUCAUCAAGAUCCUCGACGAGAACUGCUGGAAAGCAAUUCCUGCAGAGCUCGAUUCCGCCAUCACACCACGCGGUUCUGUUCAAGAUGCUAAUGCUUUGGUCAAUACCCUCUGCAAUUAUCUCUUCAUCAACACUUCAGAGAAUGAGGGCAUCAUAAAAGCACGGGCUAUGCUUUGCCAGAUUUAUUUCGAAGCUCUACACGACAACUACUAUAACGCUCGUGAUAUGAUGCUUAUGUCCCAUUUGCAAGAGACCAUCAAUGCAUUCGAUGUUCACAGCCAGAUCUUAUUCAACCGUACCCUCGUUCAAGUUGGUCUCUGUGCUUUCCGAGCUGGUUUGGUGUAUGAAGCUCAAACUACCCUCCAAGAAAUUUGCGGUAGUGGCCGUCAAAAGGAAUUACUCGCCCAAGGUGUCAUGAUCCAGAGAUAUAAUCAAGUCUCCCCAGAUCAAGAACGCGCCGAAAAACAACGUCAACUUCCAUUCCAUAUGCACAUCAACCUCGAGCUUCUUGAAUGCGUCUACCUCACCUGCAGUAUGCUUCUCGAAAUUCCUCUAUUUGCACAAACUGGUUCAUCUCCCGACAUCAAGAAGAGAGUCAUCAGCAAGACAUACAGACGUAUGCUCGAAUAUCAUGAGCGUCAAAUCUUUACUGGACCUCCUGAAAACACCAGAGAUCAUGUCAUGCAAGCAUCCAAGGCUUUGGCUCAGGGUGAAUGGAAAAAGGCCACCGAUUACAUACACUCCAUCAAGAUCUGGGAACUCAUGUCCAAGCCUGAGGAGAUCAAGGCAAUGCUCUCAGCACAAAUUCAAGAAGAGGGUCUCCGAACAUACCUUUUCACCUACGCUCCUUAUUACGACACUUUAUCCGUCAACCGACUCUCGUCAAUGUUUGACCUCUCCGACCAAAAGGUCGCUGCUAUUGUUAGCAAGAUGAUCAGCCACGAGGAACUUGCAGCCGCACUAGACCAAGUCAACUCCUCGAUUAUCUUCAGAAAGGGUGUCGAGUUGAGCAGACUCCAGAGCUUGGCAUUGAGCCUCAGCGACAAAGCUAGUAGUUUGAUUGAAAGCAACGAGCGCACGCUCGAGACAAGAACACAAGGUACAGCCAAUGCUUUCGAACGUCAAGGUGGCCGGGGUGGACGUGGUGGUAACAGAGGAGGUCGUGGUGGUAACCGUGGUGGUCGUGGUGGUAUCUCCAAUGCUCCAAGGCAAGCUGGUGGAACACAGUUCACUGGUGGUGCUUUGGGAGCUGCGGUUGGUAGCAGAGCUUAG